CCGAAGCUUAACGUUUCAAGAAACUAAUAUUUAUGAAUUUAAUAUCACAAAUCUAUUCAGCUUUUUCAUUUGGGUAUAUAAAACCUCUUCAGCUUUCUAUAACUUUAUCAAGUAAAUGUUUCACCAACCAAAAAAAAAAAAAAAAAAACACUCAGACUCGUUGCCGAGAGAAAUACUCGGAUAAUUCACAUAUGAGAUGGAAUUGACCGCAGUUGAGCCAACCACCGUCUGCCAUGUGGUGGCGAUGCCUUUCCCUGGCCGCGGCCACAUCAAUCCUAUGAUGAACCUCUGCAAGUUGCUGUCUUCAACAAAACCCCAAAUUCUUAUCACCUUCGUCGUUACCGAAGAGUGGCUCGGCUAUAUCGGUUCCGAAGCCAAGCCGAAUAACAUCCGCUUUGCCUCCAUCCCAAAUGUUAUCCCCUCUGAGCGGCUAAAGGCCGCCGACUUUCCGGGCUUCUACGAAGCUGUCAUGACUAAGAUGGAAGCCCCCUUUGACCAACUCCUGGAUCGGCUUCAACCACCGAUAACCACUAUCCUAGCUGAUAUAGAGGUCCUUUGGGGAACCAAAGUAGGGAAUCGGAGGAAUAUUCCGGUUUCAUUAAUUUGGACGAUGUCGGCCACUUUUUUUUCUUUGUUACAUUUUUUUAAUCACUUCGCAGAAAAUAGGGAAUUCUUGGCGCCGCUUCAACUUUUUCAAGACCAAGGAGAUGAGCAAGUGCUGAACAUACCAGGAAUUUCUUCCACACUCAUGCCUGACCUUCAAAAAGUGGGCCGUGUAACUGAUGAAAGAGUCUCGAAGCUAGCCUUGGAAUGCGUUUCCCAAGUCCGAAAGGCACAAUACCUUUUAUUGACCUCAUUCUACGAACUUGAACCCCAAGCCAUAGACACUUUACAAGCACAACUUCCCUUCCCUCUCUAUCCAGUUGGCCCUGCAAUUCCAUACCUUGAACUUGAAAACACUUCUUCUACAUCACCUACCGACUAUCUCCAAUGGCUGAAUUCGCAGCCACCAGAAUCUGUGCUUUACAUCUCAUUGGGUAGUUUCCUUUCGGUCUCAAGUGCCCAAAUGGACGAAAUCGCUGUUGGUCUUCGAAGCAGCGGUGUUCGGUUCUUGUGGGUGGCUCGAGCAGAAGCUUGUCGGCUAAAGGAGAGCUGUGGCGAUAUGGGAUUGGUGGUGCCGUGGUGUGAGCAACUGAAGGUUCUUUGCCAUUCCUCUGUAGGGGGUUUCUGGUCGCAUUGUGGUUGGAAUUCCACUUUGGAGGCUGUUUUUGCAGGUGUUCCAAUGCUCACUUUUCCUCUGUUUUUGGAUCAAUUUCCCAAUAGCAGCCAAAUUGUUCAUGAUUGGAAGAUUGGGUGGAAGGUUGAGAGAGAUGGGAAUUGGAUGAAUAGAGAAGAAAUUGCUGAGCUCGUGCAAAGUUUCAUGAAUCUUGAAAGCAAUGAGGGAAAAGAAAUAAGGAAAAGAGCAAGAGAGCUCAGCGAGGUGUGUCACAGAGCAAUUGGAAAAUCUGGAUCAUCUGAAACCAACCUCCAUGCUUUUAUCAGGGAUAUAACACUUGGCCAAGGACUGAAUUAGGCACUCUAAUUUCUCUAUUAAUUUUCCUUUUUUUUUUUUUUUUUGUUGUGUCAUUAUAUAUUUUGUGUUGACUGCAACACGUAUUGCAAUUUCGUAUGAUUUCAAAAGACAUUUUUGUUCAAGAGAAACUCAAUUAUUUUAGCA